AUGGCUACCAUGUCUAGUCUCUUCACCAAAACCUCUUACCCUUCUCACUCUCUCCCAAAAUCAUUCAAUACCCAGUUCAGCCCUACCCUCAAACUAUCGUUUGCGCCAAAAACCCAAUGGAAACGGGUCAGGAUUCAAGCCGGGUUGAUCGAGCCGGAUGGUGGAAAACUUGUUGAACUCAUCGUUGAAAAGUCGCAGAAAGAUGCAAAAAAGAAAGAGGCAGUUUCAUUGCCUAAAGUUAAGUUAGCUAAGAUAGAUCUUCAAUGGGUGCAUGUUUUAAGCGAAGGCUGGGCAAGCCCUCUCCGCGGAUUCAUGAGAGAAUCCGAGUUCCUCCAAACUCUUCAUUUCAACUCGCUCCGUUUGGAAAACGGGUCGGUUGUUAACAUGUCGGUGCCUAUUGUGCUCGCUAUUGAUGAUUUGCAGAAGCAGAGCAUUGGCGAGUCCAAAAGGGUCGCUCUUGUCGACUCUGAUGACAAUACUGUGGCCAUUUUGAGCGAUGUAGAGAUUUAUAAGCAUCCCAAAGAAGAACGGAUUGCGAGAACCUGGGGAACUACUGCCCCUGGUUUACCUUAUGUUGAAGAAACCAUAGCUGGAUCUGGGAACUGGCUGAUUGGAGGGGACUUGGAGGUUAUAGAACCAAUCAAGUAUCAUGAUGGUCUCGAUCAUUUUCGAUUGUCACCUGGAGAACUCCGUGAAGAAUUCACUAGGCGCAAUGCAGAUGCUGUGUUUGCAUUCCAGCUCAGGAAUCCUGUGCACAAUGGACAUGCUUUACUCAUGACAGACACUCGUAGACGGCUUCUUGAGAUGGGCUAUAAGAAUCCCAUCCUUUUGCUUCAUCCACUGGGAGGCUACACAAAAGCAGAUGAUGUUCCGCUCAGCUGGAGAAUGAAGCAACAUGAGAAGGUGCUUGAGGAUGGUGUUCUUGAUCCAGAAACAACUGUGGUUUCAAUAUUCCCAUCUCCCAUGCAUUAUGCUGGUCCAACUGAGGUGCAGUGGCAUGCAAAAGCUCGGAUUAAUGCAGGAGCAAACUUUUACAUUGUCGGCAGGGAUCCAGCUGGAAUGAGCCAUCCAGUUGAGAAAAGAGAUUUAUAUGAUGCUGAUCAUGGGAAGAAGGUGCUGAGUAUGGCCCCCGGACUGGAGCGGUUGAACAUUCUUCCUUUCAGGGUUGCUGCAUAUGAUAAGACUCAGGGUAAGAUGGCAUUCUUUGAUCCCUCAAGGCAUGGAGACUUCCUCUUCAUAUCUGGCACAAAGAUGCGAACACUUGCAAAGAACAAAGAGAACCCACCUGAUGGAUUCAUGUGCCCUGGUGGCUGGAAAGUGUUGGUCGAUUACUAUGACAGUUUGACACCGGCAGACAAUGGCAAAGUCCCAGAACCUGUUCCAGCUUAG